UUUAAUUUUUUGAGAAUUUUAGUGAUAUAUUGAUAUUGUUAAUGAUGGUAGAUUUAAAUCUUGCAUACAGUAUAGUAGAUUAGAAAGAGUAUGCAAAAUGUCUGAUAUAGACGAUGACUCAGAAGCGGUGGUUAUAGAUAAUGGAACAUGGAUGAUAAAGGCUGGGUAUGCUGGUGACAAAACAGCCCGUGCGUACGAGAGAACAGUGAUUGGCACCGAUGUAGCGGGAGAAAGCAACAGUCAACGUAAGGAUGGAGCCGGUAUGAAGCUGUUUGGAGAUAGGGCUUGGUUCAACAGAAAGUGCAAGUUAACAUUUCCUAUGCACAGGGGAUCUGUCUGCGGCUGGGAUGAUAUGGAAAGCAUCUGGGAGUAUAUUUUCACACACGAACUGCGUGACGGUAUAGAGGGCCGCCCUAUUCUGAUAACAGAGGUUCCUGGUAACAGUCCCGAAAACAGACAGAAAAUGGUCGAGAUUAUGAUGGAGAAGUUUCGAGUUCCUGCUCUGUAUAUCACAGACCCUGCAGGACUGGCUCUGAUCAGUUCCGGUCGUAUUUCCGGGAUUGUGUUGGAUGUAGGCGGAAGUGUUACACAUGUCACAGCUUUACACCAGGGGUCACUUCUGAGUUGUAAUGGCGCAGGUGGAGCAGCGUAUUCUUGCAGAUCUGAUAUUGGUGGAAACGAUGUUACUGAGUACUUGUCAAAGAUAGUUGGAAAGAGCAACUUUGAACCUAGUGGUCGAGCAAUGGUUGAUAUAGAAGGUUUAAAGCAUUGUUUAUACAAUUAUACAAUGCCAGAAAAUAAGGGAACUGACUACAGUUUUCCGGACGGCACCAGUGUUUCCGUUGAUGAAGAUAUGAUCAGCUGCGGGGACAUCUUGUUUCAUCCGGAUAAGAUAGAGUCGACUGCUCCAGGAAUAGAUAAACUCUUAUGUAAUGCUUUGCAUUCCUGUGAAGAUGACAUUAAGAAGGAACUACUGUCAAACAUUAUUAUCUCUGGAGGGACAUCGUUCACACCAGGAGUUGUUGAACGGCUUGAAACACAUGUUAAAGAAGAAUUUGGAAAAUGUGACAAUAAAAUCUGCGUAAUUGCCCCUCCAGAGAGAAGGAAAUCUUCCUGGCUGGGUGGAUCUAUAGUAGCAUCACUGGAGAUAUUCCCAAAAAUAUGUAAAACUAGAGAAGACUAUACCGAGAAAGGUUGCACGGAGUUCACGACUUUUGCUGGAUUUGAGACUUUUCUGACUUUGUGAAUAUGAGUAUUUAUUCGAACAUAAAAAGUUAAAAAACUUUUGUCAAAAUAUCGUGACAGUUCAUGACCUUGAGAAGCUGUUGUGAUUAAAGUGAUUUAGAUUGACUGAUAAUAGAAAACAUACUUCCGAAUGUCCUGACAAUUGCAAGAAACUGUACUAUGUACUGAAAUGAGACUAGAUUAUUGUAAAAAGAACUUGCAAGAAUAAGAAGACUGAAAUCACUACAGGAUUAAGACUUAUUGUUAGGAUAUGUUCAAAGACUGGAUGUUAUUGUUUGUUUUCUAUUUUAGAUAAGGCUAUUGGUUUAUUAAGUUCUUCAGUUAUUUAACGACAUUCUGUCAUGAUGCCAUAGUUUCCCGUAUAAGAUCUAUGCUAAAAACACAUAAUCAGUCUAUAGGUGUUUAUGUUUACCGUGUAAAAGUUUGUUUCAUUUCGCAUAAUUUGUCUUAAUGAACUGAAUUUUCGUUCAGUAAUUUCUCUCAACGUUUCAUAAAUUGUCUGAGCAAAUGUAAUGCAGAAGAGAAAAUUAUACAUGUGUCCCCAGUGGGAAAUUUACACUCUUUUUUUUUAGCUAGACUGUUCAAAGAAUAGUAGAGCUAUUGGACUAGCCCGUGCGUCGGCGUCCGCGUCCCGAUUUGGUUAAGUUUUGUAUGUAAGCUGGUAUCUCAGUAACCACUUGUGGGAAUGGAUUGAAACUUCACACACUUAUUCACUGUGAUAAACUGACUUACCCUGCACAGGUUCUAUAACUCUAUUCUGCUUUUUUACAAAAUUAUGCCGUUUUUCGACUUAGAAAUUUUUGGUUAAGGUUUUGUAUGUAAGCUGGUAUCUCAGUGCUCACUAAUGGGAAUGGAUUGAAACUUCACACACUUGUUCACUGUCAUCAUCUGACAUGCACUAAGCAUGUCCCAUAACUCUACUUUGCAUUUUUUCCAAAUUAUGCCCCUUUUUUGACUUAGAAGUGUUUUGGUGUUAAGUUUUUGUGUGUAAGCUGGUAUCUCAGUAUCCACUAAUGAGAAUGGAUUGAAUCUUCAUACACUUGUUCACUGUCAUGAGCUGACAUGCACUGUGCAGGUCCCAUAACUCUGCUUUGCAUUUUUUUUUCAAAAUUAUGCCCCUUUUUCAAUUUAGCAGUUUUUGGUUAAGUUUUUGUAUGUAAGCUGGUAUCUCAGUAUCCACUAAUGGGAAUGGAUUGAAACUUCACACACUUGUCCACUGUCAUGAGCUGAUAUAAAGCACUAUGCAGUGUUUCCCAUUUAUACAGAAUUAUGCCCCUUUUUCGACUUUUGUAUUCAUUCAAUUGACAAGGCUGUUGAAUAGGCGAGCGUUGCUGUCUUCCGACAGCUCUUGUUAUCUAAAUUAUCACUCCCAUUCAAUGUGCAACUCCUGAGAAUUAUGUUUCUAAAUCGUCGAAAACAGUGAUGUUAUGAUAGUAUCGGGAAUAAUUUCACGACCCAGGUAUAAAUCAUUUUAUUGUACCAUACUGAGUAGCCAUUUCUUGGAAUUGUAUAUACUUAUGAGAGUUGUUCAGAAAGUCCUCAUGAAAUCUUUUUUUAUUUUUAAAUUCAGCACAGUGCUUCUUAUGUAAUGACGAAUACAACCAUAAUAGCGUUUGGCUUUACGUGAACCGGUAUUUGAUUAACAUAUUGUCUGGUAAUUAACUCCAGCCUUCAAAUUAUUGUAAAACCUUGUUUAACUUAAUACUCUAGGGGCCACAUCUACAUUAUCUCCAUAAAACAUUAGUGGAAAGAUUUAGCACAUGGGUUCCUUCAAAUACAUUUUGACUAUAUAAAAGAUAUAACAGUGAUCGAGAUAAGGUAAGCAAAUCGGGUGAGAGUGGAAAGGGAAAACGGGGUGUGUAUAAAAAGUCGGGAGGGGCAUAAAUGUUUAGGGGAGGGUGAAGGGAAGUAACAUCACAAACUUGAAAAUAGGGUCACUUCCUUGAAACGGUCACCAAGCAAUAUAAAGGAAGUUGCAGGUUCAACCCUUACCUUGCCAAAUUUCUAUAAUGAACUUGUCCAGCUUUCAAUUUGGACAGUCCCAUUAAACUGUUAAAAGGGGUGCCUUCCAAAAGGAUGCUAACUGUAUGGCGAACAGUGCAAAUCUUGAUCAGACUGCAUGGAUGUGCAGGCUGAUCAUGCUCUUACACUGUUCGCAAAGGCAGAAUCAGUCUUGUCCAGCAUGAUAAGGAUUAAACGCGUUUGGAGCAUAAUAAUCUCACACACCCUGUUUUUAAUUAGUCAAACACGACAGUGUAAACAGAAUUCCCCGCUUAGAGAAGCUCAAAUUUAAGUGACAAAAACGUAUAAAUAGGUCAAACACUAAUGUAUUCGAUAACCACCACGACCCUAACGAUUUAGAAGAAACGCAUCACGGCGUCUCACGCUUCAGAAGUCACCGCGUCAUCAAACAGGAAAACGCAGCGGCUAAAUGCAGAGAGGCCAAUCACCAUACAUGCUACGUGCAUUACGAUUUUUGCAUUACAUUCUCUUUUUUAUAUUUACUAACAGAUUUUACAAAUGUUUGAUUAUAAUAAGCAAAUAUCAGGUUUGAUUUUCUACAUCUCGAUAGUAUAUGGGUGUGUUGUUACAUUUUAAAUAAUAUAGAGAUUUCUGUAAUUGAAAUAAUCCUCUUACUUAAGCAAGCUCUUUCAAAAUGAAUAUGAUGUGAUAUACAGACUACGUCUGAUGUUGCGAUAGGGACAUCUCCGUUAGGGUAGGGGUAUUUGACAAUACCAGAAUCAAAAUCUAUCUAUUGAACAUUUGUGCGUAACAAUUGGACAUGAUAGAAGUUCGCAAUCCGGUUAUGAGCCUUGCAUCUGAUUCAAUAGAAAGUGUCACUAUUUGUGCCAAAGAAUCGAACCGUACGUAUGUAUAGCAGUCGGAACUUUGCGUAAAGUAUUCAUAGACUCUGAAAGCCUCCGUCGAGAACAGAGAAGCCGAUACGCAGUCAGUUAAACCCAUGUGUAAGGACACUCUGAACGUCGCUGACUUUGAAUAACUAAUUACUCACUGCUGUGGGUUGGAUUACUCACUGCUGUGGGUUGGAUUACUCACUGCUGUAGGCUGGAUUACUCACUGCUGUGGGUUGGAUUACUCACUGCUGUAGGCUGGAUUACUCACUGCUGUGGGUUGGAUUACUCACUGCUGUGGGUUGGAUUACUCACUGCUGUGGGUUGGAUUACUCACUGAUGUAGGCUGGAUUACUCACUGCUCUGGGUUGGAUUACUCACUGCUGUAGGCUGGAUUACUCACUGCUGUAGGCUGGAUUACUCACUGCUGUGGGUUGGAUUACUCACUGCUGUAGGCUGGAUUACUCACUGCUGUGGGCUGGAUUACUCACUGCUCUGGGUUGGAUUACUCACUGCUGUAGGCUGGAUUACUCACUGCUGUGGGUUGGAUUACUCACUGCUGUGGGUUGGAUUACUCACUGCUGUAGGCUGGAUUACUCACUGCUGUGGGUUGGAUUACUCACUGCUGUGGGUUGGAUUACUC